AUGAAAAGCAAACAAUUCAAGGCCCUGGUUUUAACUCUGACAUUUCUAUUGGUUAUUGCACGACCUAUGGAAGUAAAACAUGUUGUAACUCAUAUAAAAAAUUGUUGUGCUGUUUUGAUGUCAAGUUCAGAGAACGGAAAGAAUUUAUUAAAAGAGACAGGAAUCAAUAGACGAAUGAAAUAUGAAGAGUUGUUUAAGUAG